UGUGUGUGUGUGUGUGUGUGUGUGUGUGUGUGUUAGGGGUGUGGUCUGUGGGUGCGGUUCAGGUCUUAAAACUCUCAUAUUUCCCUCAGUGUGUUUGUGCUGCUCUCGCUCUCUUGCUCUCUCUCAGGGGAACUCAGAUCUCAGACGAGCAACAUGAAUCUGGAAGACGCUUUAGGUGGUUGGCCUGCUGGUGGCAACAACCAAUCAGGAGGCAGCGCUGGCUGGCCAGGACAACCCACCAAUCCUGCUUGGCCAGGUCAACCCUCCUCCAACCCCACCUGGCCUGGAGGUCAACCCUCCUCCAACCCCACCUGGCCUGGAGGUCAACCUGGAGGUCAACCUGGAGGUGCCUGGCCCUCCCCACAGCCCACUGCACCUGGAGGAUGGCCCAGUCCUUCGCCUGGACCUGGACCUGGACCUGGACCUGGACCUGGACCUGCCAUCCCUGUUGCCCCACAACAGAGUCUGGUGGUUCCGUACAGACAGAGUCUUCCCAGUGGAGUUUAUGACAAACUGCUCAUCACCAUCGCUGGAACCAUCAAACCCAACGCUGACAAGUUCACGGUGGAUCUGGGCACAUCCAAUGACCUGGCCUUCCACUUCAAUCCUCGCUUCAACGAGAGCGGCAAGAAGGUGAUCGUCAGGAACAGCCGCAUUGGCGACAAGUGGGGGAAAGAGGAGAGAGACCUGCAGCGCUUCCCCUUCGUCCAGGGACAGCCAUUCGAGAUAAAGAUCCUCUGCUCCCAGAGAGAGUUUAAGGUCGCCGUCAACAACGCUCACCUGCUGUCGUUUCAACACAGAAUCACCAACCUGAGAGCAAUCGACAAACUCAACAUCUAUUAUGACAUCAAUCUGUCCAGGGUCCACACGGAGACUCUGCCCUGAGGCAGGUCACCAGAUCCACUACAGAUCUACUGGGGAUCCACAGGAGAUCUAUCGGGGAUCCACCAGAGCUCUACUGGGGAUCCACCAGAGAUCUACCAGGGAUCCACACGAGAUCUACUGGGGAUCCACCAGAGAUCUACCGGGAUCAACCGGAGAUCUACCGGGGAUCCAAAAGAGAUCUACUGGGGAUCCACCGGAGAUCUACUGGGGAGCCACCGGAGAUCUACCGGGGACCCACCAGAGAUCUACCGGGGAUCUUCAGUAGAUGAUUCUUGGUCAAGUUAGCAUAAGAUGUUGUCAGUGGAUCCUCUUACUGUUCUUAAGUUUGACUCGUAUAAAUAAAGGCUUAAUACCA